AUGAAUGAAAGCCCUGCUUUGCAGCCCCUCAGCAUGGCGGGCCUGCAGCUCGUGACCCCUGCCUCCUCACCAAUGGGCCCUUUCUUUGGACUGCCAUGGCAACAAGAAGCAAUCCAUGAUAACAUUUAUACGCCAAGAAAAUACCAGGUGGAACUGCUCGAAGCAGCUCUGGAUCAUAACACCAUAGUCUGUUUAAACACUGGCUCAGGGAAGACGUUUAUUGCCGUACUACUCACUAAAGAGCUGUCCUAUCAGAUCAGGGGAGACUUCAACAGAAACGGAAAAAGGACGGUGUUCUUGGUCAACUCUGCAAACCAGGUUGCUCCACAAGUGUCAGCUGUCAGAACUCAUUCAGAUCUCAAGGUUGGGGAAUACUCAAGCCUGGAAGUAAAUGCAGCUUGGACAAAAGAGAAAUGGAACCAAGAGUUUACUAAGCACCAGGUUCUUGUUAUGACCUGCUAUGUCGCCUUGAAUGUUUUGAAAAAUGGUUACUUAUCGCUGUCGGACAUUAACCUUUUGGUGUUUGAUGAGUGUCAUCUUGCGAUCCUAGACCACCCCUACCGAGAAAUUAUGAAGCUCUGUGAAAACUGUCCAUCGUGUCCUCGUAUCUUGGGACUGACUGCUUCCAUUUUAAAUGGGAAAUGCGACCCCGAGGAAUUGGAAGAAAAGAUUCAGAAGCUGGAGAAAAUCCUCAAGAGUAAUGCUGAGACCGCAACUGACCUGGUGGUCUUGGACAGAUACACUUCUCAACCGUGUGAGAUUGUGGUGGACUGUGGGCCGUUCACGGACCGAAGUGGCCUCUAUGGCCGGCUGCUGCUGGAGCUGGAGGAGGCACUGAACUUUAUCAACGACUGUAACAUAUCUGUGCGUUCGAAAGAGAGAGAUUCGACUUCAAUUUCUAAGCAGAUACUGUCAGACUGUCGUGCCGUAUUGGUGGUCCUGGGCCCCUGGUGUGCAGAUAAGGUCGCUGGAAUGAUGGUCCGGGAGCUGCAGAAGUACAUCAAACACGAGCAAGAGGAGCUGCACAGGAAAUUUCUAUUGUUUACAGACACCUUCCUAAGGAAAAUCCAUGCACUAUGUGAAGAGCACUUCUCUCCUGCCUCACUUGACCUGAAAUUUGUAACUCCUAAAGUAAUAAAACUGCUCGAAAUCUUGCGCAAGUACAAACCGUAUGAGCGGCAGCAGUUCGAGAGCGUCGAGUGGUAUAAUAACAGGAAUCAGGAUAAUUACGUGUCCUGGAGUGAUUCUGAGGAUGAUGACGAGGACGAAGAGAUCGAAGAAAAAGAGAAGCCGGAGACCAAUUUCCCGUCUCCGUUCACCAACAUCUUAUGCGGGAUCAUUUUUGUGGAAAGAAGAUACACAGCAGUUGUCUUAAACAGAUUGAUAAAGGAAGCUGGCAAACAAGAUCCAGAGCUGGCUUACAUCAGCAGCAAUUUUAUAACUGGACAUGGCAUUGGAAAGAAUCAGCCUCGUAACAAACAGAUGGAAGCAGAAUUCAGAAAACAGGAAGAGGUACUUAGGAAAUUUCGAGCACACGAGACCAACCUGCUUAUUGCGACAAGCAUUGUGGAAGAGGGUGUUGACAUACCAAAAUGCAACUUGGUGGUUCGUUUUGAUUUACCCACAGAGUAUCGAUCCUAUGUUCAAUCUAAGGGGCGAGCAAGGGCACCGAUCUCUAAUUACAUAAUGUUGGCAGAUACAGACAAAAUAAAAAGUUUUGAAGAAGACCUUAAAACAUACAAAGCUAUUGAAAAGAUCUUGAGAAACAAGUGUUCCAAGUCCGUUGAUGCGGGUGAGACUGACGUUGAUCCUGUCGUGGAUGAUGACGAUGUGUUCCCGCCAUAUGUGUUGAGGCCCGAUGACGGUGGUCCGCGAGUCACGAUCAACACGGCCAUUGGACACAUCAACAGAUACUGUGCUAGAUUACCAAGUGAUCCGUUUACUCAUCUAGCUCCUAAAUGUAGAACUCGAGAGUUGCCUGAUGGUACAUUUUAUUCAACUCUUUAUCUGCCAAUUAACUCACCUCUUCGAGCCUCCAUUGUUGGUCCACCAAUGAGCUGUAUACGAUUGGCCGAAAGAGUUGUAGCUCUCAUUUGCUGUGAAAAACUGCACAAAAUUGGUGAACUGGAUGACCAUUUGAUGCCAGUUGGGAAAGAGACGGUUAAAUAUGAAGAAGAGCUCGAUUUACAUGACGAAGAAGAGACCAGCGUUCCAGGAAGACCAGGUUCCACAAAGCGAAGACAGUGCUACCCAAAGGCAAUUCCGGAAUGUUUGAGGGAUAGCUAUCCCAAACCCGAUCAGCCCUGUUACCUGUAUGUGAUAGGAAUGGUUCUGACGACACCCUUACCUGAUGAACUCAACUUCAGAAGGCGGAAGCUCUAUCCCCCUGAGGAUACCACCAGAUGCUUUGGAAUACUGACGGCCAAACCCAUACCUCAGAUCCCGCACUUUCCUGUGUACACGCGCUCCGGAGAGGUCACCAUAUCCAUUGAGUUGAAGAAGUCUGGUUUCACGUUGUCUCUCCAAAUGCUUGAGUUGAUCACAAGACUUCACCAGUAUAUAUUCUCUCAUAUUCUUCGGCUUGAAAAACCUGCACUAGAAUUUAAACCCACAGACGCUGAUUCAGCAUACUGUGUUCUACCUCUUAACGUUGUGAAUGACUCCAGCACUUUGGACAUUGACUUUAAAUUCAUGGAAGAUAUUGAGAAAUCUGAAGCUCGCAUAGGCAUUCCCAGCACAAAGUAUUCAAAAGAAACACCCUUUGUUUUUAAAUUAGAAGAUUACCAGGACGCAGUCAUCAUUCCGAGAUACCGUAAUUUUGAUCAGCCUCAUCGAUUUUAUGUAGCUGAUGUAUACACUGAUCUUACCCCACUGAGUAAAUUUCCUUCCCCUGAGUAUGAAACCUUUGCAGAAUAUUAUAAAACAAAGUAUAACCUUGAUCUGACCAAUCUCAACCAGCCACUGCUGGAUGUGGACCACACAUCUUCGAGACUUAAUCUUUUGACACCUCGCCAUUUGAAUCAGAAGGGGAAAGCCCUUCCUCUAAGCAGUGCUGAGAAGAGAAAAGCCAAGUGGGAAAGUCUGCAGAAUAAACAGAUCCUGGUUCCAGAGCUCUGUGCUAUACAUCCGAUUCCAGCAUCACUGUGGAGAAAAGCAGUCUGUCUCCCUAGCAUACUCUACCGCCUUCACUGCCUUCUGACCGCAGAGGAGCUAAGAGCCCAAACGGCCAGCGAUGCUGGCGUGGGAGUCCGAUCACUUCCCGUGGAUUUUAGAUACCCCAACCUAGACUUCGGGUGGAAGAAAUCUAUCGACAGCAAGUCCUUCAUCUCAAUUGCUAGCUCCUCUUGGGCUGAAAACGAUAAUUACUGUAAGCACAGCACAAUUGUAGUCCCUGAAAAUGCUGCACGUCAAGGUGCUACUAGAACCUCCUCUCUAGAAAAUCACGACCAAAUGUCUGUGAACUGCAGAACGCUCUUCGGUGAGUCACCCGGUAAGCUCCAGAUCGAAGCUUCGACAGAUCUCACGGCGACCAACGGUCUUUCGUACGAUAAAAACCUUGCCAAUGGCAGUUGCGAUUUAGCGAACAGAGACUUUUGCCAAGGAAAUCAGCUGAGUUACUACAAGCAGGAAAUACCUGUACAACCAACUACCUCAUAUCCCAUUCAGAAUUUAUACAGUUACGAGAACCAGCCCAAGCCCAGCGAUGAAUGUACUCUCCUGAGUAACAAAUACCUUGAUGGAAAUGCUAACACAUCUACCUCAGAUGGAAGUCCCGCAGCGGCCACGACGCCCGGUACUAACGAAGCUGUUCCCGCGCCCUGGGACGGGAGGGCUUCUGCGCAGAGCCCUUGUCCCGGCUACUCCUCGAGGACUCUUGGCCCGAACCCUGGACUCAUUCUGCAGGCUUUGACCCUUUCAAAUGCUAGCGAUGGGUUUAACCUGGAGCGGCUUGAAAUGCUUGGUGACUCCUUUCUAAAGCAUGCCAUCACCACGUACCUGUUUUGCACUUACCCCGACGCGCACGAGGGCCGCCUUUCCUAUAUGAGAAGCAAAAAGGUCAGCAACUGUAAUCUGUAUCGGCUUGGAAAAAAGAAGGGACUGCCCAGCCGCAUGGUGGUGUCCAUAUUUGAUCCCCCCGUGAAUUGGCUUCCUCCUGGUUAUGUAGUAAACCAAGACAAAAGUAAUACAGAUAAAUGGGAAAAAGAUGAAAUGACAAAAGACUGCAUGUUGGCUAAUGGCAAACUGGACCAGGACUUUGAGGAGGACGAUGAGGAGGGGGAGGAUCUGACGUGGAAGGUUCCAAAGGAGGACGCCGACGACGAAGAUGAUUUCCUGGAGUAUGAUCAGGAACAUAUCAAAUUCAUAGAUAACAUGCUAAUGGGAUCGGGAGCUUUCGUAAAGAAAAUUUCUCUUUCUCCUCUCUCAGCCACUGAUUCUGCAUACGAAUGGAAAAUGCCCAAAAAAUCCUCCUUGGGUAGCAUGCCAUUCUCCUCAGAUUUCGAGGACUUCGACUAUAGCUCUUGGGAUGCCAUGUGCUACCUGGAUCCCAGCAAAGCCGUCGAAGAGGAUGACUUUGUGGUGGGGUUCUGGAAUCCGUCGGAAGAGAACUGUGGUGUCGACACAGGGAAACAGUCCAUCUCUUACGACUUGCACACCGAGCAGUGCAUCGCGGACAAAAGCAUAGCCGACUGUGUGGAGGCCCUGCUGGGCUGCUAUUUGACCAGCUGCGGGGAGAGGGCUGCCCAGCUGUUCCUCUGCUCCUUGGGGCUCAAGGUGCUCCCGGUAAUUAAAAGGACUGAUCGGGAAAAGGCCAUGUGCCCCGCCAGGGAGAAUUUCAACAGCCAACAAAAGGCCCUUUCAGGGAGCCGGGCCGCCGCCUCGGUGGCCGGCCCGCACUCCUCCGUCCUGAAAGACUUGGAGUACGGUUGUUUGAAGAUUCCACCACGAUGCAUGUUUGAUCAUCCGGACGCAGAUAAAACACUGAAUCACCUGAUAUCGGGUUUUGAGAAUUUUGAGAAGAAAAUCAACUACAGGUUCAAGAACAAGGCUUACCUUCUGCAAGCUUUUACACAUGCCUCCUACCACUACAAUACUAUCACUGAUUGUUACCAGCGCCUGGAGUUCCUGGGAGAUGCGAUUUUGGACUACCUCAUAACCAAGCACCUUUACGAAGACCCGCGGCAGCACUCCCCGGGCGUCCUGACCGACCUGCGGUCCGCGCUGGUCAACAACACCAUCUUCGCGUCGCUGGCGGUCAAGUACGACUACCACAAAUACUUCAAAGCCGUCUCCCCCGAGCUCUUCCACGUCAUCGACGACUUCGUGCAGUUCCAGCUGGAGAAGAACGAGAUGCAGGGCAUGGACUCGGAGCUCAGGAGGUCUGAGGAGGACGAAGAGAAAGAAGAGGAUAUUGAAGUUCCAAAGGCCAUGGGGGACAUUUUCGAGUCACUUGCUGGUGCCAUUUACAUGGAUAGUGGGAUGUCCUUGGAGAUGGUCUGGCAUGUGUACUAUCCUAUGAUGCGGCCGCUGAUAGAAAAAUUUUCGGCAAAUGUGCCCCGCUCCCCUGUGCGAGAAUUGCUUGAAAUGGAACCAGAAACUGCCAAAUUUAGCCCGGCUGAGAGAACGUACGACGGCAAGGUCAGAGUCACGGUGGAAGUGGUGGGGAAGGGGAAAUUUAAAGGCGUCGGCCGAAGCUACAGGAUUGCCAAGUCCGCGGCAGCAAGAAGAGCCCUCCGCAGCCUCAAAGCCAAUCAACCUCAGGUUCCCAACAGCUGA